AUGUACGGCAAAUACCGAUUACAUCCAGCCGCCGCCGUCGUCUUGUGGAGAGUUAGAAAACAAAGUCCAGGCACUUGAAACACAAGUGAAACAACUACAAAAGCUGAUGCAACAACAAGAAAGUUCAACUUUUACAACAAUUGAUGGCAUUCCAAGAGAUUGCGAAUGAAAUAUAUGGGAACGGAACAAGAACGGAUGGAUUGUAUGUCGUCUCACCUGACGGCAGAUGUCCUUUCUUUGUGUAUUGCCACAUGACAAAUGAUGGAUGGACUGUAAUUCAGCGUCGAAUAGAUGGUAGGGUAAACUUUUAUAGACCAUGGACAGAUUACGUCAAUGGAUUCGGUGAUCUUGACGGUUCCCAUUGGCUAGGUCUUGAGAAAAUUCACCGUCUGACAGGAGACGGAAGUCAGAUUUACUUUGAUAUAGAAAACUAUGACGGUUCAAAAGAGUAUGCUCAUUACAAAGUGUUUACCGUCCACGGAGCAGCGGCUGCUUACAGAAUGAAUGUUGAUGCCUUUGGUUAUAAAGGAUCAUUGAAAGAGCUUCUUAGUUACCAUGACAACCGGAAGUUUUCUACAUAUGAUAGGGACAAUGAUGCUUCCACCGGCAACUGUUGCAAGGACAGCCUAGACGGUGGGGGAUGGUGGUAUAAUAAUUGUUAUAAGCUGGGAAACAUGAACGGAGUUUUCGGGAAGAAGGAAUUGGGAGGAACUGGAUACUACGACGGAGGUCAUAUACAGAUAAAGACCGUUGUCAUAAAGGUGAAAUCAGUUAACGGAGUUUGCUGAUCAGGUUGACACAGUCACGUAAUAUUUUGAUGUCGCAGUUGUUUUGAAAUUAAAAUAUCAUGAGAUUAGUAAACCCUUUAUGUCAGCUUUGCUGUCUCCAUAUUAAGAAGGUCAAGUAUAAACUAGUUAAAAGCAAAUAUUACACAUACAUGUAUGAUGAAUGGGGUGUGUGGGGGGAUCCUGAGGCAAUUGUUUACAUAAUGAUGACGUAAUACAUGUCGAGUUUAUGAAUAGAAAAUAGGAAUGUCGAGUUUAUGAAUAGAAAAGAGGACAUGUCGAGUUUAUGAAUAGAAAUGAUGACAUGUCAACUCUAUGAAUAGAAAUUAGAACAUGUCAACUUUAUGAAUAGAAAUUAGGAAUGUCCAGUUUAUGAAUACAGAAAUGAGCAUGUUGCAUUGAUCAAAAGAAAAAUGGUCAAAACAAACAUUGUCAAUUUUAUGAAUGAAAACCUAAACCCUUUGUCUAAUCGCUAAUUCCUAUAUAAAACAAUAGUUGCAGUUUAACGGUACUGAAUGAAAGCCCUGUUGAAGAUUUUGAAGCGUAUAGUGGAUUAACUGCAUUCCAUUCAUACAAUUUUACAUCCAGUCUUUUAAAAUAAAAACAAAUGUGGUCAAAACUAGUUAGAGUAUCUGAAUCAGAGAUUCCUCCUCUCUUGAAAAUAAGUAAAAAUGAGUGAAUGAGGGUUUCCUCCUCACUGGGAGGAGGUAAAAUGAGGGCAUGAGGGAUUUCUUUAGUUUAAUCAUAUUUUAUUGUAAUCAUCACACAAGACAUUAUGGUAAUGUACAUCAAGACACUAUUAUACAGAUACAUAUGUAAAUAUAUAUAUACAAUAGCAAACUAUCAUUAUACAAGACAUAUAUAUUACUACUGUACAUUAGGAAGUAUUCAGUAACUUUGCGAAUGUGCGAUAAUACAAAAGGGUUGGACCACAAGUUUUACCAACAUUAGAAAUCGGUCCGUCCCUGGCUGUCAAAUUAAUGUUAGAUUAAACUAAAUGGCGGAUUUUUUGUUUGGUCUGGAAUGGAAAAAAUAUAUAUGCUUAACAAAAUAUAAUUUUAAGUUAUAAACUUACUUAUAUAGAAGAAGAGUUAAGACAGUAAAUUUAAUAGAAGAAAAGCAGGGAAAAAACAAGGGAUUUCUUUCUCCCUAGAACAUGAGUAAAAAUGAGUAACACAUAAAAACAUGAAGAAACAAUGGAAUAGGUUUGAAAACAUUUAUUUUCUGUAUAACAUACAUUUAAUACAGGUGUGACAGUGUGCAUAUGUGCUACAAAUACAGUGCGAGUAAGCAAGGUAGCGCACUAAUUAUAUAUAUAUAAUAAUAUUGUUUUAACUUUAAACUUCUAUAGCAUGAACUGUUUGCAAAGUAAUAUGUUUAUGUUCUAUUAAUCAGUAAUAUGACAGUUAUCAGUCUAGUCAGUAAUUAUUAUAUGUAUAUAUGUUAUCUCUCCAUUAGAUAUUUCCUCUUUUUUACAGCAUAUUGUAUAGCUUCAUCUUUUGAGAAUUUGUCUUCUUCUCUUAACCGCUUGGCAGUUCUCAUAAUUGUUUUGAUGUAUCGAUUUUUCGGCGACGCCGUCUAAAUUCGUUUUCGUUACCAAUGCCACGUGACUUCAAUUUGCAAAUCAAACUACUUGAUAAUGCAUUAUAGAUAAUUUAUCAAAAUGGAAGAUUUAUGCAACACUCUGCCUGAUUGGACGAGAGUGUCAAUUUCUUUCACUCUGUUGAUUGUGCUACGCUGAGUGAAAUGUAGACAAAGCGUUUACCCUAAACGACGCUGUUCACAGUUUUAAAGCUAACUUUGGCUCAGUAUAUUUAGCAAGAAUAUUGAUAUAUCUCAAAAUGAUAAGUAAGUUUAAUAAAUAUGAUAAAAACCUGUUCAAAUACCAACAUAUAUCAAAUUAAAGAAAGAGCUGAAUACGGUCUGCGUAUCACAUGAAUAAGGGUGUGAUAAGAGUCUUAUGUAGAGAAGUGCUUUUUAAAAGAUUUUCCUUGUUACAAUUGUCGUCUGUAUAUGAAAAGGUUUCUUGCUUUUGUGACUUACUCAGAUUGCAUAUUAAAAUGAGUACUUGUUUGCUUUGAUAUAUUUGUUAUAAAUCAUUUAACUGAUUUAUUAUAUAUGAAUAUUUUUCUUUAGUAUGGUAUGCAAAUAUUGAACUCAGUUGAAAUCUGUUUUAUUAUAUAUAUGCUAUACAAUGCCUGAAUCUCAUUACACUGAAAUGAAGGUACGCUGCAUACAGUUUAUCUAUGUGAUAUGACUACGGCCAAACUUUGCUUAUGAAACAGAAAUAUUGAAAUAAUUACAAUUGUAUGUUUUGCUUGACCUUCACUUUUUUAUAGGUGUGACGUCAUUGUCCAAAGAUUCAUGAAUAGCGAAUAUGCUGUUUGUUAAAGCGGGAUCAGUUGGCCUAUUUUAGAAAUAAAUAAAAAUAAUAAAUAAAAACA